AUGUUGCUUGAUACCAUAAAUGAAGAUAUAAUUGCACACAGCGCAAAACUUAAGGCUAAGUACCGAGUAAUAUUCCAAAGAAAUUUAGAACUUAUGAAGCAUACAAAUGUUACUCUGAGCGAGUACUUGAUCUUAAUUGAAGAGAACAUGAAGUUUUUUAGCGGAAAGGAUGAGGAAAUAAAAAUUGACAAAAAUGAUAUAAGAGACUAGUCUCUAAAUGGAGAAGAUUUGGGAGCCGAUGAAUUAAGACAAUCAAUCUUUGAGAAUUAAAUUACUGAUUUUUACUAAUAGUCUGAGGAAUUAUAAGACAGCAGAGAUAGUGAAGAGGUGAGAUAAGAAAUUAGGCAUAUGAAACAAAUAUCCCCUUCUAAAGGAUUAUAAGAAUAGUUAAUUGAACAUGAAGAGAUAAAGGAAAAUUUAUAAUUAGAAGAGUAAGAAGACUAAGAUAAGAAACAAGGUAUAUUCCAAUAAAUGUAGAAGAUUGCAUUUAAGUGGGUUGAUAGUAAUUUAGAUAGAGAAGUGAAGAGAGUUAAGAAUGAAUAGGUUAUAUCAAGGAUAGAUUCUGACGAUUUCUAGGAAAAUGACUUCACACUAAGAAUGCUGAAGUGCUACGAGGAUAAAACUUACGAAAAUAGAGAAAUUCUGCUAGACUUAAAAAAUAAUAAGAAGAAAAUUAAUAGAAAUGCAGCUACCUUAGUUAUAGUAUGCGUAGUAAAAAUGCAAGAUAUCUUAAUAGAAGCCUGCAAAAAAGCAUUACAAAUUGUAGGAAAAACAACAAGCCGAGUUAUAAGGAAAAUAUAUGUCACAUGUUCUAAGAUGUACAUCUCAGACAUGGUCCUUUAUAUUUCAAUGCUUUCAAACAAGGAUGAUAUAUUCUACAAAGACAUCAAUAGUCCUGAUUGGUAAUACUUCCUGUUCAAUUACGAAUAGCACGAAUUUCCCUCGGCCAAAUCAUUAGUACAAGCAUAUCAUAAGUUCCAUGAGUACUUGGCAAUAGGAAAUUGUAUUAUGAAUAAGAACUCUAGAGAUGACAGCUUUUUGAAAAGAAUGUUAAAGACAGGAAUCUAUGGCACAUAUUACUAUUUUAUGAAGCAAAAGAGAUUAGAUCAAUAAGAUAUGAUAAAAGCGAACCCUGAUUUAGCAAUGACUCUCGAAUUGUGGAACAUGAUGGAGUAAAAGUCCGUAGCUUAAGCGAUGUAGAUAACUUUACCAAUAAUUAGAAAAAAUAAGAUAAUAUUUAUACCGAUGCUGGAUACUAUUCUCACUAGAUAAAAUAUCAAUAACUUACCAAAGUUUGAUAGACGAAGAAGACAAGAAAUCGUCUUUGAAGUGGUUGAAGAUUAAGAUAAGUCCUUACUUCAUAAGGAGCCAGAAGCUGGAUAUAACAAUGCUACUCAUGUAAAGGUGAGAUAUCUUUGUAAUAAAGAGAUCGAUUUUUGUUUUGAUUCUGGCCAGAUUAAAUAAUAAGAAAAGGUGGAUAUGGAUGACGCUAGUUUGGUUUAAAAAAUAUUUUAUGACGUCUCUAAGAUAUUUGAAUUUAAACUUACCAAAACUUCUCUGAUUAUUCAUAUUCACGGAGGAGGAUUUGUUGCUAUGUCGUCAAGUAGUCAUUAAUGCUAUACUAGAAUGUGGGCGAAAAGUCUAGAUGUGCCAUUAUUAUCAAUAGAUUAUAGACUUUCUCCUUAACAUUAAUUCCCUGAUGCAUUAAAUGAUGUUUGGUAAGUAUACUACUGGAUUGUAGAGAAUGCUGAGAAUGUAAUGGGCAUUAAAACAGACAAAAUAAUUAUUGUUGGUGACUCAGCAGGUGGCAAUCUUGCUAUAGCUGUUGCUUUAAUGGCCAUUGAGAGAUAAUAUAGAGUCCCUGAUGGAAUUGUAUUAUGCUAUCCCGCACUGAGUGUCGCAAAGAGUAGGUUCACACCUUCAUUGCUUAUGUCUAUUGAUGAUUAAAUGCUUCCCUAUCCCUUCCUAAAAAUGUGUCUGGAGUCCUAUGUUGGAGACUAUAAAGCUGAUCCAGCUUGUGAUCCAGACAAAAAUAUGUAUAUAUCUCCUAUUAUAGCACCAGAUUAUAUACUCUCAUAGCUGCCAAGAGUAAGAAUUAUGGUAGCUGCAAAUGAUCCACUUAGAGAUGAGAGUUUUAAUCUCACAAACAGAUUAACUAAACUUGAUCAUGAUGUAAAACUUAAAGAGUAUUUAUAUAUGCCUCAUGGAUAUUUAAAUUUUAACGCCCCCCUUCUUGGUAUGAGAGAUGAAUGCAAUGAAACAAUACAUUAGGCAAAGAUUUGGAUUUAGGAGAUGCUUGAAAAAUGA